GGCGGGGAGGAGGGUCGAGCGGAGCGGCCGGCGCGCACCAGCGGCCCUCGGGGAGCGCCGCCAUGUCCAAGCGGCACCGGCUGGACCUGGGGGAGGACUACCCGUCGGGGAAGAAGCGGACGAGCGCCGAUGGGAAAGAUCGGGAUCGUGACCGGGAUCGUGAAGAUCGUGCUAAAGAUCGCGACAGAGAGCGUGACAGAGGAGAUAGAGAACGGGAGAGGGAGAAAGAGAAAGAAAAGGAAUUGCGUGCCUCAACAAAUGCUAUACUUCUGAGUGCUGGAUUAUCACCUUUAAAAGCAUCGUCACACUCAACACACUCAACACAUUCAACACACUCUGGGCAUUCGACACACACAGGGCAUGCAGGACACACAUCACUUCCACAGUGUAUUAAUCCGUUCACUAAUCUACCCCAUACACCUCGUUACUAUGAUAUACUAAAAAAGCGGCUUCAACUCCCUGUUUGGGAAUACAAAGAUAGGUUUACAGAUAUCCUGGUUAGACAUCAAUCCUUUGUAUUGGUUGGUGAGACAGGUUCUGGCAAAACAACACAGAUCCCACAGUGGUGUGUUGAGUACAUGCGGUCAUUACCUGGUCCCAAGAGAGGGGUAGCCUGUACCCAGCCCAGGAGAGUGGCUGCCAUGAGUGUGGCCCAGAGAGUGGCUGAUGAAAUGGACGUGAUGUUGGGCCAGGAAGUGGGUUACUCUAUCCGUUUUGAAGACUGCAGCAGUGCGAAAACUAUUCUAAAAUAUAUGACUGAUGGAAUGUUACUUCGUGAAGCCAUGAAUGACCCUCUUCUUGAGCGCUAUGGGGUUAUAAUCCUUGAUGAGGCCCAUGAAAGGACACUGGCUACAGAUAUUCUGAUGGGAGUUCUAAAGGAGGUUGUAAGGCAGAGAUCGGACUUAAAGGUUAUAGUUAUGAGUGCUACUUUAGAUGCAGGAAAAUUCCAGAUAUACUUCGAUAAUUGCCCUCUCUUAACCAUCCCUGGCCGUACACACCCUGUGGAAAUCUUCUAUACUCCAGAACCUGAAAGAGACUACCUUGAGGCAGCCAUCAGGACAGUGAUCCAAAUUCACAUGUGUGAAGAGGAGGAAGGAGAUCUUCUACUUUUUCUUACCGGUCAAGAGGAAAUCGAUGAAGCCUGUAAGAGAAUAAAGCGCGAAGUUGAUGAUUUGGGCCCCGAAGUUGGUGAUAUUAAAAUCAUUCCUCUGUAUUCUACACUUCCACCUCAGCAGCAGCAGAGAAUUUUUGAGCCACCACCUCCAAAGAAACAAAAUGGAGCAAUAGGAAGAAAGGUGGUCGUAUCCACCAACAUUGCUGAGACUUCUUUGACAAUAGAUGGUGUUGUGUUUGUGAUUGAUCCUGGAUUUGCAAAACAAAAGGUAUACAAUCCUCGAAUUAGAGUGGAGUCUCUCUUGGUGACAGCGAUUAGUAAAGCUUCUGCCCAGCAAAGAGCAGGCCGUGCUGGUCGAACUAGGCCUGGCAAAUGCUUUAGGCUUUAUACAGAGAAAGCAUACAAAACGGAAAUGCAGGACAACACCUAUCCUGAGAUUCUGAGGUCCAAUUUGGGCUCAGUGGUAUUGCAGCUGAAGAAGCUUGGAAUAGAUGAUUUGGUGCACUUUGAUUUUAUGGACCCUCCAGCUCCUGAAACUCUGAUGAGAGCCCUAGAGCUUUUGAAUUAUCUAGCAGCUUUGAAUGAUGAUGGAGAUCUGACUGAAUUGGGAUCCAUGAUGGCAGAAUUUCCACUGGAUCCUCAGCUCGCUAAAAUGGUUAUUGCAAGUUGUGACUACAACUGUUCUAAUGAGGUCCUAUCUAUUACUGCCAUGUUGUCAGUCCCACAGUGCUUUGUUCGCCCCACGGAGGCCAAGAAAGCCGCAGAUGAAGCCAAGAUGAGGUUUGCCCACAUAGAUGGAGAUCAUCUGACACUCCUGAACGUCUACCACGCUUUUAAACAGAAUCAUGAGUCGGUUCAGUGGUGUUAUGACAACUUCAUUAACUACAGGUCCCUGAUGUCUGCAGACAAUGUACGCCAGCAGCUGUCACGAAUCAUGGACAGAUUUAAUUUGCCUCGUAGAAGUACAGACUUCACAAGUCGAGACUAUUAUAUUAAUAUAAGAAAAGCUUUGGUUACUGGGUAUUUUAUGCAGGUGGCGCAUUUGGAACGAACAGGGCAUUACUUAACCGUCAAGGAUAACCAGGUGGUUCAGUUACAUCCUUCUACCGUUCUUGACCAUAAGCCCGAAUGGGUGCUUUACAACGAAUUUGUUCUUACAACAAAGAAUUACAUCCGUACAUGCACAGACAUAAAGCCAGAAUGGUUGGUGAAAAUUGCCCCUCAAUAUUACGACAUGAGCAAUUUCCCUCAGUGUGAAGCUAAGAGGCAGUUGGACCGCAUCAUCGCCAAGCUUCAGUCCAAGGAAUAUUCACAGUACUGAAUCUAAUGCUGUGAACUGAAGCUAUUCAGAGGACAGCUUUACAGGAUGAAUGAACUCAAAGUUCAAGUUGUGCUCUUCACAUUGGUUCAAUAAUGGCCUUUAUUUGAAAGCUUUUUAAUUUUUCUUUACAGUAAAUAUUCCAUUCUGAUUUCAUAAAUUAAACAUUUAUGCCUCCCUUUUGUGUUGACACUGUAGCUCAUACUGGAAAAGUCGAUCAAUGUUUUGCAGUUUAUUGAAAGUAGUUCUAUAUAUAACAAUGUUAUAAGCAUUUCUUUAGAAAUGGUUGAAAAUGCUUCUAAAAUGUGAUUAUCGACCAUGGUAUGCAUGAUCGUUGUAAUUGUUGACAUUCCUUUUAGAAGUUGUGAAAUGUUACAACUUGUGCUUAUGUAGACACAAUCUUCGGUCUCAGUAAAGAGGCACUGACUUCAAUAAAGUCUAUUUAUACUAAG